AUGGCACCGACUGCCAGCACCCAAACCACCAGCUCAUCAUCUUCGAGCGAGAAAACUGAGGGCACCAAAGACGGUGUUUCUACCAGCAGCAGUGGCGGCUACUACAAGUUCCGCUGCAAAUAUUUCUUGACCCAUAGCUGCAGAGGGUCGAGACUAGAAGAUCAAGGAAGGAGACCCCGAUCAAAGGAGGAAAAUAAAAUGCCUUCUGAUACGAACAAGGCCUCUAAGGAGGGGGACAAAAAAGGUCAUGACGGAAAAGCUGGGUACGAGUCACCAGUAGGGGACGGAAAAUCGCAUGGAGACAUCGUUCAAUGUGAGAAGUGCCACUGCUGGAUUGAUGACCGGCCACACACGUGCAAGCCGGAAGAAAAAGACAAGUACGCCAAGGAUGGCAAAUGA